CACGCAUCACUGGGCUUGACUUUUCGCGGUGAGAGACCGUACAUGUAUAUAAGAUCGAAUUUUCUGUUCUGUUCACAAAUAGGGAACUCAACCAUUAACUCAAUAUGCUUGUUUUCUUUGUUACUUUAACAUUCGCCAUCGUUUCUCUGAUCCACGGCAGAUCCUAUUAUCCCCAAACACCCGAUUAUCUGAAAUGCCGAUACGGUAAAUACUUUAAGGACAUCGGUCAGCGCCCGACCUGUAACCCCUUUGCACAGUCUUGUCCUUCCGGUUUCUUUUGUGGAGGUGGUCCGGCUGAUGAGCAAGGUUUCUGCUGUAAAUCGAAAAACCCGUGUAAACUUGGGAAUCCUUACACACGUAAUGGCGACGCCCCUCAUUGUUUGGGAGCGAAUGGAGUCCGCUGUCCACGGGGAUAUGCCUGUAUAGGAACAAAGACAUCCUCAUCAGUGUGUUGUCGAGGAUGCACGUACCAUGGACAGUCAUAUCAACCAAGACAAAUUUUUCAAAACAGCGUGGGACAACGUUGUACUUGUGGUGAAGACGGUCAAGUAACGUGCUCAAACAGUCCAGUCACGUGCAGAGCUAACGGAAGAGAAUACAAAGUAGGAGAGUCAUUCAGACAAGACUGCAAUGGAUGUACCUGCCGAUCUGAUGGCCAGAUAGUCUGCACACUAAUAGCUUGUGAGACCAACUGUUAUCAUAAUGGCAAAAAAUACUCAAAGGGAGAGAGCUUCCCAUCAACAGAUGGUUGCAAUACCUGCACGUGUGGGAGUAACGGCAGUGUAGGAUGCACCAAAAUAUCAUGUCCGAAAUUCUGUUAUUAUCGUGGAAGAAAGUACACACCAAGAGAGAGUUUCCCGGCGAUAGAUGGUUGCAACACCUGUACCUGUGAAGUAACCGGGGGCGUGUCUUGUACAGAAAUAGGCUGCAAUCCAGGUGGAUAUGUUGGUUGAUUGGCCUUGUCGUCCAAGAUCUUACAAAUCCAUUCCAAACCCAUUAUACAACUCUUUGUUGAUACUGUUUUGGAAAUCCGUUUUUUAUAUCGCAUUAAAGAUAAAUAACAAA